AUAUAUUCUCUUUUAAGAAGCACACAACAUUCACAUUUUUUUGUAAAAUUUUAUUUCUCAAAAACUACAAAAAUACGAAUGCGAAAGUUUCUCGAUAGUAUAGAAACGUUAUUGGAUAAUUCACUUUAAAACUUUGUCGUUACUCUAAUCAUUUUUCUAAACCUUAUGAUAAAUGAAGAUAUCAACGUAAACACAGACGAUUGAUACGGCGCGCGACGUCCUUUCACUUUUAUAUCGUAUUUAUUUAAUCAAGUAUAAAGUCGAGAGUUUGGUUUGAUUUUUAUGCCCGAGAAUACCGAUGAAAUUAACACGAGUGCAGGGUUAACGCGUGUUUGCAGAUUUCACUCGUGAAUUCGAAGAAAUCACCGCGUCAUUUAUCGACUUUGACAAACUCCGCAUAAAUUUUUCUGGCUAUAUUGAGUAAUAAAAAUCUCAAUUUUUUUUUAUCCCGAUGACCAACUAGUUUCAUCUAAAUAGAAUCUUUUUAUUCGUUGGACAGUUACUAUCCAGCAAAACAGGAUAAAACCAGUUUUCGAUGUUUGGCCAAUUGAAUAUAAGAAAUGCCUCAUUUUUUUCAGAUAUUUUUUGUACUCGUGUUACAAGAAUUAUUAUACUCACAAGCGCUAUUUUGUACGUCACGAUACUUUUAUUAAUUCUUUUCUCUUUUCAUUGUUGUUGUAGGUUUACUAAACCCCAAACAUUCGCCGAUUGUAUCGGAAAUGAGCUUCCCCUCGGCUGGGAGGAGGCCUACGAUAAACACGUGGGCUGUUACUACAUCAAUCAUGUCAAUCAGACAACUCAACUGGAAGACCCAAGACAAGAAUGGCGAGCCAUUCAGGAGGCCAUGCUCCGCGAGUAUAUGCAGACUGCACAUGACGCACUCGAGGCGAAGAAGGAAAUCUACGACGUAAAACAUCAGAGGCUUUGCCUGGCUCAGGAUGAGUACAAUCAUCUCAAUAACGCUUUGACUACCCUUGGCGCAUCGCGUACAAGUUUGUGUUCCAGCUCGAGUUCCUUGAGUACCAAAUAUGACCCUGACCUGCUUAAAUCGGACGUGGCACUCGCAAGGAGCCGAGUUUCUCGACUAAAACGAGAACUCGAACAGAUUCGAGCGGAGAUGAAUUGCACGCAACGAGGAGUAGAUACUCUCGCCAGUGUGGAACAAAAAUUGAGCACCCAUCAUCAUGGCUGCUAUAAUAUCAUGGAGGCACAAGCGAUCAUGACGGAGCUCCGCAACAUCCAAAAGUCCUUGAGCUCGGGCGAGAAAGAGAAGGCCGAAUUGAUGCAAUCGCUCGCGCAAUUAAAGGAUGAACUGACAAGGUUGCAACUAUGCGAGGGCAGUCCGGAAGCUAGUACGCUUAGUUUGCCGCAGGAGAAGCUCAGUACGGCUUCUCAAACCGAUCUCUCGGGCGAGUUGGUACCGAUCGGCACCCGGUUAGCUGAGAUGGCACGUAUGAGGCUGCAGUAUGAUGAGGCGAGAAAACAGAUCCAGCAUAUACAACAGCAAUUGGCGGAUCUUGAGGAGAAGGUGACGCCAGGUCAAACCGAGAGCGACAAGGACAAACUGUUGCUAUUCCAGGAAAAGGAACAGUUACUGAGGGAAUUACGUAGCAUCACGCCGCGCACAAGGACGCAACAGGACAUGAAGAAAAUUCAGUUGGAGAUUCGCAGGCUUGAACAGGAUCUUAAUACCGCGUUUGAGCUUUCGAAUAAGACUAUUACCGAUCGCGUACGGCUUCACGAGGAGAAGCAACUAUUGUUACAGCAACUCAGAAACGCACUGCGCUCAAUGGCGUUAUUGGAAGGUCAAUUGAAGACGUUGAGCGCUAGUACAUUAUCAGUGAGCAGCAGUUCCAGUCUCGGUAGCCUCAGCACGACGAGCAGCAAGGGCUCCCUCAGCUCUGGACUUAGUUUCACAGACAUUUACGGUGGUCCACAAUGUCUAGGCUCAGCUAGUUCGCAGCAGGAACGACCGGUCGACAUGGUUGACCUUCACAGACGUGUCGAGAGAUUGUUACGCGGUUCCGAACAGAACAAUCUCGUCGGCACAUCCUCGCCCGGCAGAUCCCAACCCAGUCUUUCCCCAAGGUCGAGCCUGUCCAGUGUAAGCCCGCCGGUAUCGCCGUUGUAUGAAAAUGCGCCGAUGGGUCCGCCGCCUGCUUAUGAACAAGUAGAGCAGCAGAGAAGACAGUAUCAGAGAGUGGCACCUGCAACGACGGCAACAACGACGGCGAUGACGACAGCAAUUGGCGGUGCCGUCGCGCCUUACCUGGAUGGGAAUCAAUUAGAGGAUCGAUUGUCGGAGUUCAGACUUAAUCAACAACAAGGAGUGGCGAAUUCACAGCAAGAACAGUCUUGCUCUGUCAAUUCGCAAGAUCGUCUGAAACUUGUGGUCGGUCCACAUCCGCCUGUCGAGUUACAAUCGAGUAACAUGUCCCAAGGUAGCGGCCUGGGUAGGCCCGGCGGGAGUGGCGUUCAACUGCAACUGCAGCAGGCACCGCCACCAUCUCUGCCGCAGGAGCCACCUCCUUUGUCGCCAAUCAGCGAAACGCCACCGCCUACAGGGAUUCGGUCAAGAGCUAGCAGUUCUGGCACCAACACUAGAUCCGUCUCCGCCGCGGUCUCUGAUGAGAGCGUUGCAGGCGAUUCGGGUGUUUUUGAGGCGUGCAAUCGGAAAAGAUUAUCCGGGCCUAUCUCCGAUGUGGAUUUAUUAGCUUCCAGCGACAUGAGUCUAGAAACGGCGCAGGUGCAGAUUAAAUUGAGGUAUUCGGUAAGCGAUGGAUUACUUCAUGUUGGCAUCGAACGCGCGAGAAAUCUGGCCGCGCUUUUUAUACCCGAUAACGCACAAGUGUACAUUAAAGCCGCCCUGCUGCCGAUGCAACCACCCGUCAACCACACAUGUUGCACGAAGUCUGUCGUGGACUUGCGAAAACCGACCUUUGGCGAGACGUUUCCCAUCGCCGUGCCGCUUAACAAAUUGUACACGAAGACUCUUCAAGUGACACUUUGGUGCACCGAGGCUGAGAAAUGUUUGGGUUCUGCGCAAGUCUCGCUGGCAGACUUUAGUCCAGAAUCUCCAAGCGUGAAAUGGUACAAUAUACUCUCCUUCCGCUUCAUGCAACCAUCCGACAGUUCUGAUUGUUCUGAUACUGGCGCCUCUACGAGCGUCAGACUGGCGAAGCACGACAAGCAGGAGUCAGAUAUCUCGGUAUAUAGGAGUAUGCAGAAGAAGAGAGAAGAAGAGAGUAGCGACGAAAGUACGAUAAUCAGUUCCCAAACGUCCACCUUGACGAGAAAUCAAGGCUGUGACGAGCUACAGACAGCUGUAACGCUGAGACUUGAAGAGUUGAAUUGUUUACGUAGUCCGGAAGAAGAGGAUGAAGACGAUGGGAGUGAAAGCGGGAGCGAGGACAGCGAUGAGGAAGGUAUCAUCGUGGAGUUUACGGAAGAUGUAUUUAACACUCUUGAGGAUGUUGCGGAACACGAGGAAGAUGAAGAGUUGAACGAGGAAACGAGAACAACAACACAGGACAAGGAAACAAACACCGAAUGCGUGUUUAUUCCAGAGCAGGGCAAGCAGAGAAAACUCUCUGCGGCUGGCGUUGCACCCGGUGCUAUUCACGACGACAAAAAUUCUAUUGUGAUCAAAAGGAGUCAGACGUUCUCGCCGAGCGCGGCCGUCAGUAGAAAUCAUUAUAUCUGUCGGCUUAAUCGCAGCGAUAGCGACAGCAGUAUGCCGCUUUAUCGCAGAGGCGGACCUUUCCAACGGAACUCGGUAGAAAGACGUUCCUUACGAUGGCGGCGACCGUCCUCCGCCCUCAGUUACAAAACCACGAAAAAGUCGUCCCAUUUGCCGCAGACAGCGAGGACGUCAUUGGAUCUCGAAUUAGAUCUCCAAGCACAACACGCAAGAUUGAAUAAUCUUCACGAUGAGAUUUGUAGGUUACGGGAAUUGAAGCAACGAAUGGAACAAGUGCGCGAGAAACGCGACGCUGAUACAGCAACGUGGCUGUUGGAAGAUCAGAAUUUUCAAACUCUUAUGGCGCAAGCCGAAAGUAGCAGAAAUGGCAAGAGUCUCGAGGAUAAGAAGGUGGAAAAGAUGUUGAAGAAAACUUCAAAAGAGAUCUACAAGUUGAGAAAAACGAAGGCUGGGAAGGGAAAGCCUGAUAUAAUUUCUUUCAAAGAAAAGAUGGCCUUCUUUACGCGGGUGAAUGUGAACAUUCCUGUUUUGUCACCUGAGGAGCUUGGAACUGAAGGUGCAGCUGCGGCAUUGCAUACGCACAAGAAGCACGCAUCGGAGCCUGUCGCAAGCGCUCACGGGUUUGUAAAUUCCUCGUCAACGCGGCCAAAUAACGUUUCCAUUGGAAGUACAUUGUCCGUCACGAAAAGCAACGAUAUCACGGAUCGAAAUGCUACGAAUGUUGCUGCUACAACUAUCAACGAGGCAGAGGUCGCGUUGUCCAACGCCGACAAUAAAUCUAUGAACGCUAAAGGUCGGCCAGCGGCGGAAACGAGCACGCGAAGCUCAGAGAAUGGCGAGAGAGAGCCUUUACCGAAAUCUGCCGAGAAGAAUGGUAACGGGGAGCCGAAGAGAUACGAAUAUGUUGUUGAUCGGGUUCUCGGUGUGGAAGUGUGAAAGGCCAAAAAAUCGCGCAAUGGAGUUGCAUUUCUGCUUUCAUAGAUCUGUUCCCCUUUGAAUUUGAAGUAGCAGCAGGACGGGAAGAAACGAGAAAGAGAAGAAGAGAUAGUCGUGAAACCGCUGUCUUCUGACUCUGAAUCCCAGGUGCCAUGCGCAAAUUGUGAGACGCGCGCAUCAAAGAGUUCGAAAAGAUAAGAACAGAGGAUUGUGUCGUCGAAAAAUUGCGUGCUGCGAAACUGCUGUAGCUGUUGAUGUAAACCGAUGACCAGUGAUCGCGGUGCAUGUGCCAAUGCUUAGGAGCAACCCUUCGACGGACGCAGCAGCGAGAAUUACGCGCAAACGCGAGCGCGAUUGUGUAUAUAUACAGAAACGUAAAUUAUUUAAACAAUAUUCUCUACAAUACGUUAGGUCUAUUUAAUUGUUUAACCCGACUCGAGUCUACGUCGCGAAAUCGCGACCGCGACACCCUCGCAUGUCGCGUCGUUCGUUCCCUCUGUGCGUCGAAGCACAUGACCCACCGAGCAGCUGGUCUGCGACUCGAAAGUUUAACGGAAAAAAAGGCUGCGCCCAGGUUAGCUAGAGUAUCUCGCUCCAAUUUCGGUGGCGCCGUUUACAACGCGUUCGGUUUCCUAGUUUUGAGUUCCCGGAUUUCAAAUUAAUCUAGCGGAAGCACAAUAUCUAAGUAUCCCUUACGCGUAUCGAUUCUGGCGACACAAUUUGUAACUUCCAAAUCUAAUAAAGUCGCAUUUUUUGCUGUAUUUGUAUCUUUUACAUCUUUUUUUAUUUGAUUCGAAUUUUAUCAAACGAAAUACUCGUGUUAGUUUUACUCUAAUUUUCUAUAGCAAAUCAAAUUAAGUGCGGCUUUAUUUUUAUUUCUUUAAUCUUAGCCAUGGAAUUUCCUAAAUUGUCAUAAAUUUUCUAAAUUGUUAUCGAAUUGUUUUUUGAGGGGAAGGGAGGGGAUUGUAGAAACAGACUGCCUUAUUCUAACCGUUCUCGGACGAAGGUAUUCGUUGACCGUUGUCCAGGAUUCCAGGUUGUGAGAUUUGAGGCUGUAGAUGCCAGGAAAUUGGGAGGACGGAGUGAUCAGCAGGAGAUCGUGAUGUCGUUUUUAGCGAUCUAAAUGUAGAACAACAUCAUAAUCUCUGUCUGUCUCGAAUGGUUUAAACACUCCUCCACCAACAGAGUGUGCAACAAUGUGCCUUAUUGUUGAAUUAGUCGUGCGGGAAAAGCAUCGCGAAUGUAUACGCUAUACGAGGGUAUCCGAUACAAGAUAUCGUGAUACAAUUGACGAGGAAGUAAUUCUUCUUUUUUCUGUAAUAAAUAAGUAAAAAAUAAUUUUUCUUAGAUUUCAUAAUUUUUAAAUAUAAUAUUUGCUUGUGUUAAUAUAUUUGUAUUAAUCUGGCGUGAAAUAAUUAAACUACAAUUAUUUGUAUAAUAAACCUCGGUAGUUGUAUCACGAUUUGCCAGAAAAUGUGCACUUCCUAAUCGUUUCGUUCAGUAGCGUAGUAAGGAAAGCAAAGAAGAAAGGUCAGUUGCAGGUUAAUUUAACAGUACAAUAACUUUUUCUUUACAGAAAAAAAUUUAGAAUCAAAGAUUUGUUUAUAAGAGAAGUAACAGAAAUCAGAAAUUAUCUCGGUUGCUUGGACAAAAGACAGAAAGAACCAAAUAGAUAGCAAAAAAUUAAAAUUGUGAAAUUUUUAUGAUUAAAUUAAUUUUUUUAUUAUAGUAAAGAUAAGUUAUUGUUUGUAACAUGGGAAAUUUUGUUACUUAUAACAGACAAGUAUAUAAACUUAUAUAUAAACUCACAUAUAAAUUUUCAUGGAAUUGAAAAAGUUAAUAAGUUAGUCUAACUAGCUAACAAUUAGCUAGUAAUUAGUAUUGGCGAUUGCUAUCAACAGCAUAAUUAAGAAGACGUGAAACAAAUCACUCUAGGUGUCAUAUUUCCUUAUUACGCUACUGGUACGCCAUUUAUUUGCUCAUUUUAUUACACUGUGGACAUAAGCAUUCAAACAGAAGCGCGACAACCAAAAAUACUCAUUUCCGCAAAUAAGCGAUAAUGUUAUGAUGAUUCGAAUUAAUCACAACUGUUUUUAAAAAUUUCCCAAAAAUAUUUACGAAUUUUAUAUUCAAUCAAUACUAAUGAGGUAUUGAUAAAUAAUUUUUAAGGAUUAUAUACACAGGUAGCUUAUGUUGCAUUUACCUUUAUCUAGAUGAUUUUGUAAAUGUCAAUUUUUCGUCAUAAAAUUUGAAUUUAAAAAAGAAAAAUUUAAUUUAUUAUCCUUUAUAAAAAUGUAAUACUGAACAGUAUUAAAUUAGCCAGUAAUUAAUACUUACAAAAAAGUAAUAAUUAUUGGCUAAUUCAACACUGUCCAGUAUUACAUUUUUAUAAGGGAUGACUUCAAUAAAUGACAAAAUGCGAAUAAAUCUGAGAAGUAUUUCAAAAUGUGCAAGAUGAAUGUUACAGUGUAUCGUGAAAACAUUGCGGAAAAAAUUUCUGGACGUCGCUUUUUAAUACUAGAACGACUUUCUUAAAUGGUAGAACUUUAAUAAAGAUAAUCAGAGACUUCAUAAAGCAAAUAUAAAAAUUUUUAUUCAUGUACACAUAGUGUAAAUAAAAGAACAUCUUUAUUAUCAUCCGACAUACUAAUUUCUUUUAAAAUAAUUAAAAUUUUUCAAUUGACAAAAUUUUUUUAUUAAAAUUUUUUCUGUUUUUAUAUUCAAAACAAAUUCAAUUGUUCUAGUUUUAAUACGGGAGAUAAAAAGAUUCUGAUUUUUAUACUUUAAAUUGUGGAUAGCUUGACAAAAGAUAUCUCCAAGGUAACGGAUGCCAUAUUACGUAUAUAUCAAGGAGCCCAAGAUGUAGAUGUUGACAGUUAGGAAAGAGGAGAGUGAUAACGCAAAAAAAAAACGUGAAAUAUUUGUACAUAUUUUUGUAUAUACGCAUUUUAACGAUUAUAUCUCGUCUAUAUGUACGUUUAUAAAUAUAAAUAUAUAUAUGUAUAUACAUAUAUAUAAUAUACAUAUAUAUUAUACAAAUUUGCAAUAUAUAUGCAAACUCUUCGCAUUAUUUAAAAAUGUAUUUUUAUCGCUAAAACGCACGUUCGGUUUUACAGAACGUCUCGUAAACCUAUAAAAUCAUAUAGAGCAAUGACGAAAUUAAACAACGAAAAAUAUUGUUUUACACACACUCAACGGUUAAAUUUAUUACGCUCAUGUAUUUAAAAUUAAAUUUAUACAUUAUUAUAUAUAUUAUUUACUAUCACAUAGCGCCUUAUUGUAUCAAAGUAAUUAUAAUAAUAAUAUCAAUAACGAUGACGUUAAUAGUAUCGCUAAGGAAUGAUGCUAAAUAGACGAUAAACGUAAUUUCAUAAAAGAGAACAUACACACAUGCAGUUUGCACACGUACAUACACUAUUACAUGAGAAACUUACAGACUUGCAGGAAGAAGAAUCACAAUCACAAUUUGAUUUGUAAGUAACGGUUCGUAUGGUAAUGAUUAAAAGGACAAAAUACAGUAUA